AUAUCUUCCGGUUCCAUGACUGUGUUCCCGCGAUUGCGUAGUUAGUGUGCAUGCGGCAAGGAGAAAGGUUCCGGAUAGCACAGGUUCCGGGUGCUGUUUUCUGGACUGCAGCGAGAUGUUUCAGUGCCUUGAGCCAGAGAGGAAUGAGGAGGCAGGACUGGUUUAUGUGCGAGAGAAAGGAAAGCUAUCCGUUAUUGGGUCACAUAGCUCUGAGCUCAGGACUCGACCAUGCCGUCUUUUUUCUAAAGGAUUCUCAGUGGAACUAUGCGGGAAGCAAGAAGAUACCUCAAAACACAGACAGAAACCUUUCAUAUUUACAUAUACUAAGGAAGGAAGCUUACGCUAUUCUGCCAAGUCACUUUUUACCCUGACACUUGAGCUAAUCUCUGACAAUAUCCAGUAUGUAGACUCCCUGAUGGGAUUUCCUGACCAGAUUGCAGAGAAACUCUUCACUGCUGCAGAAGCCAAGCAGAAAUUCUAUGCGCCUUGCAGUGGGUUGAUGGCCCUGCGCAAAUUCACUGAAGCUUAUGGAGACCUGGUGUUGUCAUCAUUAUGUCUACGUGGCAGAUACCUUCUGGUCUCUGAGAGAUUAGAGGAGAUAAAAUCUUUCCAAUGCCUCCAUUCCCUGGAUUUAUCAUGCUGUAAACUGGGGGAUGAACACGAGCUGCUGGCGCACCUUAGUUCUGAUCCGAUGAGCAGCCUGACUGAGUUGUACUUAAAAGAUAACUGCUUGUCCAACAUUGGAAUACAGAAAAUGACAGCUUCAGUGCGGGUUUUAGGGAGAGGCUUGGAUAAACUUAAAGUGCUGGACCUGUCUUCUAACCCAGGUAUAACAGACAGAGGAGUUUGUUUCCUAUUUGGUUUUAAACUGCUUAAAUUUUUGGACCUUUCUGAUACAAGUAUACAGGAUCCCAGUGGAACAUUAAAGAAGAUUGAGACAAAGAUUGGCUUAGUUCUUAGCAAGAAAUCAAUAUUUCAAUUUGAUCAUACAAACUGCAGGACUCAGGGAUGGGCAGAACAGCUAUUGGAGCAAUGGGAAAGCUAUAUCUUAUCAGCCAUUAAACCAAAGGAUACACUGAAAUCACGGAAUGCAGCACAGCAAUUCUAUGGAAAAGAAAAAAAGCAAAUCCCUUCGGAUUCAGGGACAUUCACCUUGCCAGCACCAGUGGUACAAAAACAAACACAUCUGCAGUUUUUCAGGCCAAAGGAACAGAAGGAUCCAGAUUCUUCCAACUCUGAGAAAAGACGACAUUCAACCAAGAGAACUGGUGCAGAUUGUGUGCAAGAAGAUUGUAGCAUUGCUCCUUCCACUAAGCGCCCACGUGUUACACUUACUUCUUCAGACUGGGACUUGCUAAACAGUUACUGAGCAUAUUGUGGUGCUUUAUUGUAUGUGGAUAUAUUACCAAAUGAAGCAAGGCUGUUUAGCAAAGGCCAUGACCUCACAGUAGCACCUAUUUGUUGCUCGCUUUGUGCUGCUAUUUAAUAGAAACAUCGUACUUGAUUCAUUUUGUAUUUACUUAAAUAAUGAAGAUUAUUUAUCUUUUUCACACAAAAAGGUUGUUUUAUUUUUUUUUACAUGGGAUGGCGCUUCCUUCAUUGCAUGCUGAGCAAAAUUUAUGUGGACUCAAUGUGAGAUUCUGCAGUAAAGUUCAACAUUUUCAAUCAGUAUUAUCAUAAUUAAAUGGGAUGAAUUGAGACCUGUUCUGUCCCGUAGUGUGAGUGGCAAACCCUGAGAGAGUUGUAGUUCAUGCGGUUAAGAGCAGUACAGCAGGAAGGGAUUAAUAAACUGUGUAGGUUAGAGGUUGUUAAAAGAAAAGCAUUUGGUUACAAAGCAACGUUUCUGUUUACCUUUAUAAACAACAGCCAAAGAAAGCAGGAUGUUUGCUACAUCUUGGCAGUAUAUGUUUAUUUGCGCAAACUGCAAUGUUGGUCACAUAGAAAUGCUAUUGUAAGGAAAUAAUCCAGUAUUUAUAUAACUAAGGAAAUAUAUGUGGAUUUAAUGUAAAGCUGGGUACACAUAACGUCAGGCAAUCUGGUUGACAUAUUCUGCUGUUCAUGCCAGGAAAUAAACAGACUUUGGAACCCAUUUAGCACCAAAUGCACUAUCCUGACUUUAGUGUGACGGUUGAAAUUGGCCAGAAUUAGUCCGUUUUGCCAUCUAAAAUUAGAUUGGUUGGAUAGCCCAAGCUGAAGGUUAGCUUGGACAGAUUAUGCCUAUUUGCUCCUAAAUACUCCUGAAAUCCCAUCUUGGAAGUCUGUUAGAGCAGAUGUGGGGUGAGUGCUUCUUGUUCCAGGUAAACUUGGAACUAUGGGGCAGAUUUACUAAAGGGCAAAGUUGCCAUCACUAGCGGAAAUUUGCCAGAAAUCCAAACCGUAGGGACGAACUAAAGUGCGAAUCUUUUGCCAGAGUUUCCUUCAAACAGCUUAGUCCUGGUGAAAUGAUAAGAUGAAGCUACAUCCUCCUCAAUCGUAUAUCAGCGACAUCAUAUCCUGUAUACCGAAAAGUUGUUUUUAUUCUUAAAAUGAUAAAAGCUGGCAUUUUCAUAUUUUAAAGUGGGAUUGUAUUUAAAAGUUGACUGUUAAAAAUGUUGGUUUUAACAUUUUUUUAACCAUUUGAGGGGCAUGCCAUGUUUGUUUAAGGGUGGGCUUGUGUUUGGGACAAUAGAGGAUCUCUUUUGCCUUUAUUUGUUUCCUUGGACAUUUUUAAUAAUAAGUGGCCACUUCAAGCAUUUGCUUUUUGAUCUCUAAUAAAGACAUUUAUAUUACCUAUAUGUGCCUUCCCUAUGCAAAUUGACCUAAGAGUAAGUGUACUAACGAAGUUCCGCUAGGCAGAAAUGAACGUUAGUGAAAUUUCAUUAUGAAAUGCACGCGCUGACUAAUUUACGCUAGGGAAACUUCGCUAGCGUUCAGCUGCCGAGACGCAACUUUGCAUUUUAGUGAAUUAGCAUAGUGGUAGCUAAGUCUUAACAGGUGAAAAUUCACCCUUUAGUGAAUUUGCCACUAUGGCUAAAUGACUGAUACAUAAGAUUUUAUAUUGCUGCACCCUUGUAACAAGUUAAGGGGAACCCUGGUUAAAUGUUCUGCCUCAAAAGGGGACUUGAAGUGAAUAGAGCUGGCCAUAGACGCAAAGAUCGUACCAUCGGACUUCCCCAUCUCCUGACCUGCCACUAACCAGAUCAAAUAAAGUAGUAAAAGAACAGAUCAGCGAUGUUCUGCCAGUGACAGCAAUCGUACGAAAGUUAUGUCUGACCAAAGCUGGUGACAGUCUCCCACUGAAAAUCGUACGAUCUGCAAUACAUGCAGAGAUAUUAUCGGCAGCCGACAGAAAUCGUUUAACCUGUCCGAUCGACCAAACGACCGAUCUCAGCCGGACGAAAAAUGUCGGGACUCUCCACACACGGUCCAAAAAUUGUACGAUCAGAUUUUUGCGUCUAUGGCCAGUUUAAGGCCUAAUUCACACUAACAGUGUUUGUUUAAUUACUAUGCUAAAAUAGUGCAGCACCCUCCCUUGCACACACCUCAAGUAUAAACGAGAUGUCUAUCCUGCAAGCAUUUUAUUUUGCCAAAAAAACUGUUUUUGGAUGGACAUCCUUUUUUUAAUGUAGUUAAAUCGAAACUGCUGUGUUUCUGAUCUAUUCGUCAUAGUGUAACUAUUUUAAAGCAAUAAAAUGACAGUUACUUUUAGCCACAGCUCCAAAAAUUCACAAGUCCCCUGUGGGGUUGAGGCUUUAUAUUUUCAUGUUGCCCAGCUAGCCUCCAUCUUCUGUUAUCAUCUCUAUGUGAGCAAUGCAUUUCCUUUUUGUAGGAAAAAUAUACACUUUGUACACUUUGCUAAGAUCAUUGUUGCAUAGCAGGAAUAUCCAUCCAGCUAGUGCUAGUCUUAUUCACACUAACAGUCUGUUAUUUUGAAUAUUUUUUUUAUUUAUCAUUAACAAAUGAACUCAAAUUUUGUAUUUGUAGCUGAUUCUUCUCAAAAGCUGAUGUGAUAAUAUAUUCAACAUAAUUCAACAGAUGUGGCAUAUGAACUAUAUCAAAUGUGCAAUAAAGUGCUGAUAUUCGUGAAGGUUUAACAAAUAUA